AUGGCCACCAAGUUCCAACCAGAGCAACAGGAGUGCCCAAACGGACCGCACCACGGCAGACUCACCAUCACGCUGCGCCAGACACUCUCCCUAACCGGCAACCUCCUCACCCUGAAACUGCUCCACUACCUUGCCGUUCUCCUCGACCUGGUCCCAAAGCCCUCACAGACCAACCCAUAUCAGCCCACUCCCCUCAGAAGACACACCAUCAUCAACGGUGCCAUCGAACGCCGCGAGCGCCGCAUCGUCGAACUCUUCAUGGCAAUCAUCCAGAUGAGCCUCUUCGAGACGAUCUUCCUCCACGCCGAAGACGGCAUCUCGCCAGAGCGCAUCUCCGCCGCCGUCGCUGCCUUCUUCAGCCGCACUCCUCCGUCCGCGAGCGAUAUCGGCUCGGCGAUGCUGCGUCCCGGCGCGACGGCCACGCCGGCUUACGCGCGCGCGCCGAGCCCGCUCCGUGCGUCUGUCGGGCAGAUCUCUAGCGUCGCUUCGGAGAAUCGAGCUGGCGGUAGCGGUAGCAGUGGGGCCCCGGUGCCGAACUUUUUGAACACGCGGUACUCGGUGCAGAAGCCGCUGAUUAGCGACUCGGUGUACUCGUCGCUGUUCCAUAGUGUCUCGGAUACGGCGUGUGUGCCUGGCUCGUCUACCCUGGGUGUUCCUAUGAGGAAGACACCGUCGGGCCCCUCCCUUGACAACAACAAUAUCAACGACAACAGCGGCGGUGGGACUGGGACUGGGAAAGAAGAGGCUAUAGUCGACAGUCCAGCUGCGUCGCUCCGUCCGAUCUACAGCAUCGUCUGUCCGGUAUGGUCGAGCGACUCGGCGCAGUCGCAGUCGCAGUCACAGUCCCAGGGGCUGGAGAUGACGGAGUCGGGGCGGACGUUGUCUGCAGGGAGCUAUCCGGGACGGUUUCCUGUUAGUGACGGGGUGGAGUUUAGCAGUCUGGCGACGGCGGAUGGGGCGGUCAAAGGACGGGCUGCGACGUCUGUGAGGCCGUUGUCUGAUUUUGGGGCUGUCUGA